AUGUCUGCUUUAGAAAGGAUCAUCGACCCUCAUCACAUAUUCUUAAUCAGAAGUUGGCAACACAGCAAUGAUGAAACUUUCAAACAUAUUCAACUCAAUUACAUUGCGUCAUUUUCAAAACAUUGUUGUGGAAAAGUUUUCUUUUAUUUUGAUAUUCAUACAUUUGCGGAACCAGCACAUCAUUAUAUUUAA